AUGGGAUCUUGCGUCGACGAAAAGGAUGUGCUCGCCGAGGCGCGUGCACUGUGCCGCGACAAUCUGGUCAAGCAGACGAUGCUGGACAACAAGUUGGCGACUUCCUUCGGCCUCCGUGUCUGCUUUUCGGUCGAAAUCCCCCUCAUCGCCAGGCGGGCAGGCUAUUCGGCCGUCCUGAUGAACCUCGAGCACACGCCCAUGGGCAUCGACGCCGUGAGAGACAUAUCGGUCUCCUGUCUCAAUGUCGGAAUCACCCCGAUGGUCGUUGUGCCUACCGGCGAGGCGCAGUGGAUUUCUAGGUGUCUCGACGCUGGAGCUCAGGCCAUCAUCGUGCCGCAUGUCAACACCGUCGAGGAAGCGCAGACAUGUGUAAAUGCAGCAAAGUACCCGCCACUGGGCCGGCGCUCGUUGACUAUGGUGCAACCCAUGAUGCAAUACGCGUCGCAUAUUCUCUAUCAGAUUGUUUCGGACGUGGUCAACGAUGCUGUACAAAUCCUGCCCAUGAUUGAGACAACAGAAGGAUUGGCAAAUGUGGAAGCCAUUGCAGCCGUCCCAGGCGUUGAUGCUCUCCUCAUUGGGUGCGCAGAUCUGAGUGUAGAAUUGGGCAUCGGCGGCAAUUAUGACGCAAGCGAGUUCCAUGAAGCCCUCGGGAAGAUUGCCAGCGCGGCGCAGAAAGCGAGCGUAGACGGCCGCCGUGUCUUUGUUGGCCUUGGCGGCAUGGAGAUGAGACCAGACUUGAUUCAGUAUUUCGCUAAGCGAUACUCCAACAUACGGUAUGUCAGAUUCACUAUGGCUGGUCGCGACGUUUCGAUGCUUGCUGCUGGCAUGUCAAGGCAGGUGGCCAGCAUGAAGGAGAUAUCCGCCACGUUGUGA